CUUACCUUCACUCUCUCUAUAUAACAAGCCAAGGUUGCAUGUCUAUGAUGAACUCUUCACAUUUCUCAGUAAACUUUCAGAGCAUGUUAAACCAAUCACCAAGUUUCAAGUUUCUACUGCUUCUAUGGGGAACUCUUCUUGUUCUCGCUUCUUUGAUUAACCAUGGAUUAGGUGCAGAAUGUGGUGAUAAGAACAAACCAACAGUGAAACAAACCAAGGUGGGAUUUGGAAAUCCACCAAAAUUCAUGGUGGAAGUACAAAACAACUGCACAAUAUGCCCUGCAAUCAACGUUCACGUCAAAUGUGGAAGUUUUACUCAAGAUCUUGUAAACCCUAGACUUCUUAAAGUCUUGGGGAAAGGCGACUGUGUUGUCAAUGCUGGAUUACCACUAGGUCCUCUGCAGAAGAUCUCUUUCAACUAUACUCACACUAAGUUUAACAUUUCCACUAGUACCUGGUAUUUUCAAUGUGAAUGACUAGAUUUCUUGAACCAUUA